AUGGCGGAGACGGAGCGGUGUAGGAGCUGAUUCAGGAAGAGAUGGCGCUGUAAAGUGGGUUACUGUACAAACUUCACUCCAACAGUUCUAAUAGGGACCGAGAGGACUGUCUUCCCUUUGGAGGGACCAGGAAGAGCCGAUGUCGGACCUGCAUUUGUCUUACAUUUGGUAGUUUAUGGUGUCUUGUGCGUCUACCUGCGCGGAAUCUCUUCAGCACCGCAGUUUCCUGUUUGACAAACACUCACUAGCUCUUGAACGACUCUUUUCCCAAAUGUAUUUCUAACAUAAGACCAGCGUGGGAAACUUGACGGGGAUUGGCUUUUUGUAUCUUAGCUCAACGCAGCGCGGAAUAAUUUUCCCUUUGUCAAGUUUAUAGCAGUUCUGUGUCUAUAGUGGAAUAAAUCCUGCCAGGCAGGUGUAGAAAGCAACCGUCACUUCCCGCCUAGGAAAUUAACGGAUAUACUCGCCGUGAAUGGAGACCGGGAGGUCUUUCUCGAAGCUGUCGACUUAACUUGAGAAAGUGAUUUUUAACUAUUCCCCGUCUAUAGAUUUAACUUGUUUUGAGCGACGGUAGGGUUAAACAGGUGUCCCACCUGUUCCCCCUUCACCUACCUGAGUCAUGGCGAGCGCCGGUGACAGCGCUGUAGGGAUACCGAUCAGAGGCAUCCGCAUGAAGUUCGCGGUGCUGGCGGGGCUGCUUGAGGCUGGAGAAGUCUCCAAUCGCGAUACAGUGGAGACGAUCUUCAAUCUGCUGGUUGGAGGACAGUUUGAUCUGGAGAUGAACUUCAUCAUCCAAGAGACUGAGAGCAUUAUCUGCAUGGUAGAGCUGCUGGAUAAGUGUGACUCCACCUGCCAGGCGGAGGUUUGGAGCAUGUUCACCGCAGUACUGAAGAAGAGCUUGCGUAACCUACAGGCCUGCACUGAUGUCGGCCUCAUCCAGCUGGUGCUCCAGCGCAUAGACAAGGCCGACAAUAUGAUUGCAGAUCUGUUGGUGGACAUGCUUGGGGUGCUGGCCAGCUACAGUAUCACAGUGAAGGAGCUGAAGCUGUUUUUCAGUCAACUGAAAGGAGAACAAGGCCAAUGGCCACCCCAUGCUGUCAAGCUACUCUCUGUGUUGAAGUCCAUGGCUCAAAGAAAUGGCCCAGAUUCCUUCUUUAGUUUCCCAGGGAAGAGCGCUGCGGCUAUUGCUCUUCCUCCCAUUGCAAAGUGGCCUCACCAGAAUGGCUUCACCUUUCACACCUGGCUGCGCUUGGACCCCCUCAAUAACAUAAAUGUUGACAAGGACAAGCCUUAUCUCUACUGCUUCCGCACCAACAAAGGUUUGGGCUACUCUGCACACUUUGUAGGAAGUUGUCUGAUUGUGACCUCACUAAAGUCCAAAUCCAAAGGCUUCCAGCACUGUGUGAAAUACGACUUUAAACCCCAGAAGUGGUAUAUGGUGACCAUAGUGCACAUCUAUAAUCGCUGGAAGAACAGUGAAAUUAGCUGCUAUGUCAAUGGAGAGUUGGCAUCCUAUGGCGAGAUCACCUGGUUCGUCAACACUAGCGAUACAUUCGACAAGUGUUUCCUGGGCUCGUCCGAGACUGCAGACGCUAACCGUGUGUUUUGCGGUCAGAUGGGGGCUGUGUAUCUAUUUAGUGAAGCUCUCAGCGCCGCUCAGAUACUGGCCAUCUAUCAGCUAGGGCCUGGAUACAAGGGCACAUUCAAGCACAAGGCCGAAAGUGACCUGAUGUUUGCAGAGCAUCAUAAGAUGCUGCUCUACGAUGGGAAGCUGUCUGGCUGUCUUGCUUUCACCUAUAACCCCCGAGCCACAGAUGCUCAGCUGUGUCUGGAGUCCUCGCCCAAGGACCACGUCUCCAUCUUUGUGCACUCUCCACAUGCUCUCAUGCUGCAGGACGUCAAGGCUGUGGUGACUCACUCGGUUCAGAGCGCCAUUCACUCUAUAGGAGGAGUUCAAGUGCUCUUUCCCCUGUUUGCACAGCUGGAUUACCUCCAGCCCACUGGAGACGAGCUGGACACCUCGGUCUGUUGCACACUACUGUCAUUUGUGAUGGAGCUGUUGAAGGGCUCUGUAGCUAUGCAAGAGCAGGUGCUGUCCUGCAAGGGCUUUCUCGUCAUAGGUUACUCACUGGAGAAGUCUUCCAAAGUACAUGUGACUCGACCCGUGCUGGACAUAGUGCUUGCCUUUGCUCGUUACCUUAGCAACUUACCCACUGGCGUCUUGUUGCUGAAACAGCUCUGUGACCACAUCCUGUUCAACCCAGCCAUAUGGAUCCACGCCCCUGCUAAGGUGCAGUUGGUCCUCUACACUUACCUUGCCACCGAAUUCAUCAGUACUGUCACCAUCUACAACGCCAUCCGCAGAGUUGGAACGGUACUGCAGGUUAUGCACACGCUCAAGUAUUUCUACUGGGUUGUAAACCCACUGGACCGCAGCGGGAUCACGCCCAAGGGUCUCGAUGGACCGAGACCCAAUCAGAAGGAGAUUCACUCUCUCCGAGCGUUUCUGCUGCUGUUUGUGAAACAGCUCAUCAUGAAGGAUCACGGCAUAAAGGAAGAUGAACUGCAGAGUAUUUUCAACUACUUGCUCACGAUGCACGAGGAUGAUAAUCUGAUGGACGUUCUUCAGCUUUUGGUGGCACUAAUGUCCGAGCAUCCUGCCUCAAUGGUUCAAGCCUUCGAUCAGAGGAAUGGAAUACGGGUCAUCUUUAAACUGCUGGCCUCCAAAAGUGAAGGGAUUCGUGUGCAGGCACUCAAAGUCUUGGGCUACUUUCUCAAAUAUUUGUCACCAAAGAGAAAGUCCGAGGUCAUGCUGGGUCACGGCCUGUUCUCACUUCUCACCGAGCGACUGAUGCUCCACUCAAACCAGUUCACCGUCACAACAUACAAUGUGCUUUUUGAGAUUCUUACGGAGCAGAUCUGUACUCAGGUCAUUCACAAACAGCACCCGGACCCUGACUCCACGGUGAAGAUUCAAAACCCACAGAUCCUGAAGGUGAUGGCUGCUCUUCUGAAAAACACUUCUCCAGGAGCCGAGAGUAUGGAGGUGCGACGGAUCUUCCUCUCGGACAUGAUCAAACUUUUUAACAACAGCCGAGAGAAUCGCAGGAGUCUGCUGCAGUGCUCAGUCUGGCAGGAAUGGAUGCUGUCUUUGUGCUUCAUAAACCCCAAGAACAGCGAGGAGCAGAAGAUCACAGAGAUGGUGUACGCCAUCUUCCGCAUCCUCCUUUAUCACGCCAUUAAGUACGAGUGGGGAGGCUGGCGCGUAUGGGUGGAUACACUCUCCAUCACACACUCCAAGGUCACCUUUGAACAAUACAAAGAAAAUAUGGCGGUUAUGUUCCGAGAUUAUCAGAGGAUGGGUUCUUCUGAAGGAUCUGAAUUUAGAAUCAGAACGAUCUCUGGGGCCAGCCAGGAUUCAGAGCUUCAUGUCUCAGCUAAUGGUGAGCUGCAUGCAGAAGAGACAGCUCCAUCUACUGUAAUUGAGCUACACGUAGAGGAGCAGGUUGCCGAUCGGCCUGCAGAUGGUGAGGAGAGGCGGGAUCAGGUUGUGAUGUCCAAUAUACUGGCCCGAGAAGAGGAAGUGGGAAAAGCAGAUGAAACCGCAACCUCAUCAGAGACACAGGAAAAGGUUGAAGGUGAACAUGAAACAACAAAAGAAUUGAAAGAGGAUAGUGGAAUGAGAAAAAUGGAAGAUGAUCUUAAAAAAGAGGCUGACUUGGAUAGUGAGCAUGUGGGAAAAGACUUGGACAAAACUGAAAAUGAUGGGAAGAAUUUAGGUAUAGUGGAAGAAAAAACUGAUGAUGUCACUAAAGUAGAACCUGAAGCUGUGAAGAUGUCAGAUGAUGGCAAAAUGAAUGAGGCUGAAACUGAAGUUAGUGCUCAGACAGAAGAUAAGGAGAAGGGAUCUUUCAGCUCUUCCACUGAAGAUUCUUCUUCUAAAGCUGAGGUGGUUGAAACAACUGAAGCUUCUGAAGUUUCGGCCAACCAGGAGAGCAGUGUCACUGAGUCUUCAGACAUAAGCCAAGAUCAUGUUGAUGAGAAGGAUAAUGAUGGUGCUGAAAAGGUAGAUGAAAGAAAGGAUCCAGAAACCAAACAAGAGGAGAUGUCAGAAAAAGACUCAAGAGAUGAGAAGGACCCAUCCAAAACAGAGGAAACCAAGGAUGAACCAGGCCCCAUGGAAGAGGUGGAUUUAAACCAAAGCACAUCCACUGAGGAGACAAAACUUCACAUGGAGGCUACAGAGGGUCAUGGUGCAGUGUCACAAACCACAUUAAGCCAGCCUGUUGAUUCACCUGAAGAAGUAGUAGAGAACCCUGUGCCGGAGGUUAGUCCUGAAGCAGGACCUAACCAAGACUCUCUAGAGGCGGCAGCGACAGAAAGCUCUACAGCUAAAACCAAAGAGAUUAAGAUUGCCAGGCUGGAUGUAUCAAGUGUGGCCACGGACACAGAAAGACUAGAGCUGAAGGAGACCUCGGCAGCAAAUGCGAGCCAAAGCCAAGCAGGUCCCUCGGGUUCCUUAGGCCAGGGGAACGAUGGCUCAUCUUCAGCCCGGUUUCGUAUCCCAGAGUUCAAGUGGUCUCAUAUGCACCAGCGUCUUCUGACUGACCUUCUCUUCUCCAUCGAGACAGAUUUACAGAUGUGGAGAAGCCAUUCAACUAAGACUGUAAUGGACUUUGUGAACAGCAGUGAAAACGUGGUGUUUGUGCACAACACCAUACAUCUUGUCUCCCAGGUGGUGGACAACCUGGUCAUGGCCUGUGGAGGAAUUCUUCCACUGCUCUCUGCAGCCACCUCCUCUACGCAUGAACUGGAGAACAUUGAGCCGUCUCAGGGUUUGGCUGUGGAGGCAUCACAGAUGUUCCUGCAGAGGUUGAUCAAUCUAGUGGACGUGCUGAUCUUUGCCAGUUCGCUCAACUUCACCGAGAUCGAGGCAGAGAAGAACAUGUCCUCUGGAGGCAUCUUAAGACAAUGCCUACGCUUGGUGUGCGCAAUGGCUGUGAGAAACUGUCUGGAAUGUCAGCAGCACACUUUGGGUAAAUCUGGUGCAGAGAGCGGCCAUGGACAGCAAAGCCUUAUGGGAGCCGCCAAGUCUAUACCAGCACAGAGUCCUGUGGACAUCGUGACAGGGGGGUUGUCUCCUGUCAGAGAUUUAGACCGACUGCUGCAGGACAUGGACAUCAAUCGUCUUCGUGCUGUUGUGUUCAGAGACAUAGAGGACAGUAAGCAAGCUCAGUUCCUGGCCCUGGCUGUGGUUUACUUCAUCUCUGUACUCAUGGUGUCUAAAUAUCGGGACAUCUUGGAGCCGCACAAUGACAAAAAACAAGUCCAGAGAACACAAUCUUCUAGAAGCACAGGGAGUGUUCAGUCUGAUCUUGAGAACGGUCUUUCUCCCGGCCGGCGCGAUUCGAGCAUAGAGAAUGACAAGACGUCCGCCACCUCCAAUGAUGCUGAUACACAGGCCGGGCCAGACGCUGUGUCAGAAGCCCUCUCCACCUUGUCCUCUGAGGUCAAGAGAGGUCAGGAGGUCACUGAAAAAGACGGCAAAGGGAAAAACGUGAAUGUCAAAGAUAUUUUGAGAAGUCUCGUCAGUGCGCCGUCUGAUGACAUCAUAGUGGACGCCAGCCUCUUACCGCCAGCGUUUCUGGGUGCGGUGGCUGAUGCCUCCCGUGACCAGAAUGUGCAUUUCCACUCCUUUGACAGGAGUGUUGUCAUGGCACCCAAAGGAGCUAGCACAUCAGCCACUGUUGCAUCCUCAGGUGGAACUCCAGUCAACAGUGUGUCAGUGGUGUCUGCAGAUGAUGCUGUUCAGAGCACAGAGUCUGCCACAGGAGUAACGCCAACCAGCACCAACCUGCCAUCUGUCCCUGCUUUAUCCCCAAUGACCCAGAGCUCCACCCCCAGCAUGAGUAUUUCUGAGAGGUUGGAGCACGCUUUGGAGAAGGCCGCUCCUUUACUGCGAGAGAUUUUUGUGGAUUUCGCACCGUUCCUUUCUCGCACACUGCUGGGCAGUCACGGGCAGGAGCUUCUCAGCGAGGGCACAAGUCUAGUGUGUAUGAAGUCCAGCAGUUCUGUGGUUGAAUUGGUCAUGUUGUUGUGCUCUCAGGAAUGGCAGAACUCCAUCCAGAAGAAUGCAGGCUUGGCUUUCAUUGAGCUAGUGAACGAGGGCAGGCUGCUGAGCCACACCAUGAAGGACCAUCUGGUGCGUGUCGCUAAUGAGGCCGAGUUUAUUCUGAGCCGCCAGAGAGCAGAGGACAUUCACAAACAUGCCGAGUUUGAGUCUCACUGCGCUCAGUACACAGCUGAGAAACGUGAUGAGGAGAAGAUGUGCGAUCACCUGAUCAGGGCCGCCAAGUACCGAGAUCACGUCACGUCCACCCAGCUCAUCCAGAAGAUUAUCAACAUCCUGACAGACAAGCAUGGCGCCUGGGGCAGCUCCAGCAUCAGCAGACCGCGGGAGUUCUGGCGCCUGGACUACUGGGAGGAUGACCUGAGGAGACGUCGACGCUUCAUCAGGAACCCGUUUGGGUCCACACACUCGGAGGCUACGCUCAAGGCUGCAGCAGAGCAUGCUCCAGAAGAAGACGUGCUGAAAGGCAAACAAUCUAUCAGAAGUUCAGUGUUGGGGAACCAGAACUCAGAGAGUGAGCUGCUGCUGGAGGACGAUGACACCCUUUCAUCCCUGGAAGAGAAAGAGCUGGAGAACCUCACAGGCCCUGUUAACCUGAGCACCAGCGCACAACUGAUUUCGCCUGCUGUGGUGGUUAAAGGCACCCUGUCGAUCACGGCCCUGGAGUUAUACUUUGAGGUGGAUGAGGAAGACCCAAGCUUUAAGAACAUUGAUCCCAAGAUACUGGCCUACACAGAUGGUCUGCAUGGGAAAUGGCUGUUCACAGAGAUCAGAGCGGUUUUCUCUCGCCGUUAUCUGCUCCAGAACACAGCGCUGGAGGUCUUCAUGGCAAACAGAACGGCAGUCAUGUUCAACUUCCCAGAAGCAGCCAUAGUAAAGAAGGUGGUGCACAGUCUCCCCAGAGUUGGAGUUGGUACCAAUCUUGGACUUCCUCAGACCAGACGGAUCUCUCUUGCCACCCCUAAACAACUCUACAAGGCCUCUAACAUGACCCAGCGCUGGCAGAGACGAGAGAUCUCCAACUUUGAAUACCUCAUGUUCCUCAACACCAUCUCUGGUCGUACAUUUAAUGAUCUAAACCAGUAUCCUGUGUUCCCCUGGGUCAUCACCAACUACGACAGUGAAGAGCUCGACCUCACCAUGCCAAGCAACUACAGAGACCUGUCCAAGCCUAUUGGUGCACUCAACCCAAAGAGGGCUGCAUUCUUUUCAGAGCGUUUUGAAUCUUGGGAGGACGAGCAGGUGCCCAAAUUUCACUACGGCACACACUAUUCCACCUCCAGCUUCACUCAGAUGUGGCUACUCAGGAUUGAGCCUUUCACUACCUUCUUCCUGAAUUUCCAAGGUGGAAAAUUUGAUCAUGCGGAUCGCACCUUCUCAUCUGUCUCUAGAGCCUGGAGAAACUGCCAGAGGGACACAUCUGACGUAAAGGAGUUGAUCCCUGAGUUCUAUUACCUCCCAGAGAUGUUUGUCAACUCCAAUAAUUACAACCUGGGAGUGAUGGAUGAUGGGACGGUGGUGUCAGAUGUGGAGCUUCCGCCCUGGGCCAAGAGUCCUGAGGAUUUUGUACGCAUCAACCGACUGGCUUUGGAGAGCGAGUUUGUUUCCUGUCAGCUGCAUCAGUGGAUUGAUCUCAUCUUCGGAUACAAGCAGCAGGGACCUGAAGCCAUCCGAGCUCUUAAUGUCUUCUAUUACCUGACUUAUGAAGGAGCAGUCAACCUCAGCUCCAUAUCUGAACCCAUGAUCAGAGAGGCGGUGGAGUCUCAAAUCAGAAGUUUCGGACAGACACCCUGCCAGCUGCUAAUCGAACCCCACCCUCCACGCAGCUCUGCCAUGCAGGUGACCCCACUGAUGUUCACAGAGCAGAUGCAGCAGGACGUCAUCAUGGUGCUCAAGUUCCCAUCUAACUCGCCCGUCACCCAUGUGGCUGCCAAUACGCAACCAGGCCUCAUCAAUUCGGCCAUCAUCACAGUCACUGCCAACCGCCUCUUCGCUGUCAACAAGUGGCACGGCCUCAGUGGCCACCAAAGCUCUUCCGUCCAGGACCAGCAGUACCAGUUACCGGUGGAGAUUGACCCUCUGAUAGCUAGUAACGUGGGCACUCACAGGAGGCAGAUUUCAGAUCUUUUAGAUCAGAGUAUCCAAGUAAACUCUCAGUGUUUCGUCAUCACGGCUGACAACCGCUUCAUCCUGCUUUGCGGCUUCUGGGACAAGAGCUUCCGCGUCUACUCCACUGAUUUAGGUAAACUGACCCAGAUUGUCUUUGGUCACCUUGAUGUUGUCACCUGUGUGGCCCGUUCAGAGUCAUACAUCGGUGGAGACUGUUACAUACUCUCGGGCUCCAGAGAUGCCACGCUCCUGCUGUGGUACUGGAAUGGCAAACACAGCACCAUCGGAGAGGAUCCUGGGACGGAGUUUGUGACUCCCCGAGCGAUCCUGACGGGUCAUGACUGUGAAGUAACAUGUGCAAGCGUGUGUGCAGAGCUUGGACUGGUCAUCAGUGGCUGUAGAGAGGGUCCGUGUCUGAUCCACUCCAUGAACGGCGAUCUGUUGAGGACUCUGGAGGGACCAGAGGGCUGUAUGCGGCCACGUCUAGUGCUGUCCUCCACUGAGGGUCACUGCGUCAUUUAUUACGACAAGGGCCACUUCUGUGUGUUUAGCAUCAAUGGAAAACUCCUGGGACACAUGGAGGUGGAGGACAACAUCAAGGCGAUGUUUCUGAGUAAAGAUGGACAGUAUCUGCUAUCUGGAGGAGAUGGAGGCGUUCUCACUGUGUGGCAGGUUCAUGAUCUUAAACAGCUCUUCACUUACCCGGGAUGUGAUGCUGGAAUACGCUCCAUGGCUAUGUCACAUGACCAAAGAUGCAUCAUCACUGGUAUGGCGUCUGGUAGCAUUGUCCUCUUCUACAAUGACUUCAACAGAUGGCACCACGAAUACCAAACUAGAUACUGACCCAAUUGACGACCAUGGCAACCAUGACAAUGGAAGAGGCAGAGCAAAGCCACCCUGCCACCGUUCAAAAAGGCACUACUACCAAUAGUCAUGAAUGUAUUCUAAAUAUUUAAAGAAGCAAAACUAUUUUUUAAAGAUGGUUCAUUGCUAUAUUUUGUAGGUCUUAUGAAAUUUCCUAUUAUUCUAGGGAGGGGUUAUAUACUUUAGCUAAUAUAUGAAAACAAACAAAAAAAAUAUUUUUAGCUGUAAAAGUCUAUUUUCAGCUCAACUCUAGUUAAAAGAAGUCCUAGUGGUCAAUAUCUAAAUUCCUAUUUUCCAUAUAAUGUCCAUGGAUAGAAUUGAUUUUUUAUUUUCAAUUGAAUGGGUGAUUGAUUUUUGUUUUGUUUUGUUUGCUGUGAUUAUUUUGACACAACGCCGCUCUGUUUUAUGGUUCCCUAAGUUUUCCAAGUUAACAGGAAGCUGCCUCCUACUUUGGGACGAAUCAAGUUAUUCAGCUAGACUGCAUUGUUCCUUCUAUUCAGUUAUAUUUAUAAUAGAUUUAAUACGAUAAAGACAUAUCAAGGCAUCUGCUUUAAAUGUUCACUUGAAUGAAAAGAGGACUUUUUCUUAAUGAGAGCAUUUCUGACGUUUUUCAUUUGUUGGUUAAAUGUGAACGGACCUUUUAUGUGAUCACAUAAUGAUGUCACUUUGUUAACUAUAGGGGUGUUUAAAGCGUGAGUAAUUUAGAUAUGAUGUUAAUUCAUCUCAUUGUGUGGAAAAAGUGAUUGGGGGUGUUUGUGUUUAUCAUUUUAUCUUUUUGGUUUGUUUAUAAGCAUGCAGCUUUUUGUUUCUGUGAGAAAGAAAUCACAUUCAUUGGAUUAAAGUGUCAUCAAAAAGAGUUUUUCACCAAUGUGCUUUUACCCUUAGUUUAUGUACUAGAGAUAAUGAACAUGUGGGCGCGAAGCCUUUUAAAGUAUACUAGAGAUUAACAUCUGAAAAAUUGAAAAAUUCCUUAUAUAGCCGGUAUGAUCCAUAAUAUGAUCAGUUAAACAUUUAACCUAUAGUCUACACUCAGGGCCAGCAGGGGUUUGUGACAUUUUUGAUUCAAUUCAACCAUGGUGUGAUUCUAACACUUACAAAAAACUUUUGUUUGUUGUAAUAGUUGUGGCUAUCAUUAAUGUUAUAUCAUGUUUUGUCUGAAAUCUAUGGCAAUCGGUUUGGAAUGAGCGUCUUAUGACGUGUGAGAUGAAUUCAAACAAUAAAAUGGCAUUUUGUACCAAUAAAAAACCCUCCUACAACAUCUUUUGUUAUA